GCCUGAGGACACAGGACAAGGCCAGGUCACCCAGCAGGGCCAGGUCACCCACCUGCAGGCACACAGGGCACCACGUGAGGGGCUCUCAGACAAUGAUUCCAUGCAGGGAUCCCCUCCAACCGCUCCUGCUGGGACAGGCCAGCUCCUGGCUCUUCUCUCCCAUCCCUGCAAGGUUUUCUUGGAGGCAUCAGAGGUGGUGGCUGCCACAGAACAGCAAGGCUGUGACGCUGGCUCGGGACACUUCCUCCUGCCUUGGGUGCUGUGACCCAUCCCCACAUACCAGCUGUGCCCACCCCUGUGUCCCCGAGCCCUGUGGGAGCCCUCCCUGCUCGGGGGCUGGAUGUGGGGUGUCCCCCAUGGCUGCCAGCACAGCCAGGAGCUGUCCCCAAGGCUCGGCCAUACCCGAGGGCACCGCUCUGCCCCCGGGAGCUUCAGGACGCUGCUGGUCCCCAGCUGGCAGCGGGAGCUGCUCAGCAGAGCUGUGCCUGCAGCUCGGGCAAGGCUCCCGUGCCCGGCUGCAGAGCCUGGCCCCUUUCCUGCCCUGCUUGCAGGCGGAGCGCAGCGCCAGCGGAGCAGCCCUGACGUGCGCCCGGCUUGGCCUCGGCGAGAAGGUUUGAGAGCAAAGAGCAGCAGCCCAAGGGGAGAGCGCCCCCGAGGCUGGGCAUGGAGGUCAUGGCCCCUGCCAUCAUCAAUGCCUUGAAUGGCUCCUCUGUGAAGCUCUCCUGCACCUUCAACUCCUGCUACAAGGUGGAGAACAAGCAGUUUUCCCUCAACUGGACGUACCAGGAGUGCAGUAACUGCUCGGAGGAGCUGUUCCUGCAGUUCCGCACCAAGAUCAUGAACAAGCAGCUGGACCGUUUUGGGAACCGCGUGGAGUUCACCGGCAACCCCGCCAAGUACGACGUGUCCUUCACCCUCAAAAACGUGCAGCUGGAGGACGAGGGCACCUACAACUGCUACGUGCUGAACCCGCCGGACCGGCACCGGGGCCACGGCAAGAUCAGCCUGAAGGUGCUCACCAAAGAGCCCCCGAAGCACGACUCGACGGUGGCCGUGAUCGUGGGCGCCUCCGUGGGCGGCUUCCUGGCCGUGGUGAUCCUGGUGCUGAUGGUGGUGAAGUGCGUGCGCCGGAAAAAGCAGCAGAGGCUCAACACGGACGACCAGAAGACAGAGGAGGAAGGGAAGACGGACGGCGAAGGCAACCCGGACGAGGGCACCAAGUAAAGGCCCCCUGCCCGCCCCUCCCUCCUGUCCCCUGUACAGUGUGACCCUCUUGAUGUGCUUCCCAGAGCAAGGAUUUCUGUCUCCCCAGAGCAUCCCUCCUUCCAUGCAAACACCCGACCCAGCCUGGAGCAGGGCGCAGAGAGAAGGUCCCUGGAGCCUGGCUGUGCCGGGCAGGGCUGGGGAGAGGGGCUGAAGGCCCUGAGGCUGAGCUGGGACCAGCCUGUCCCCUGCUCGGAGUGCCAGUGUAGUGAGGAGGUGCUGGGGACAGGCUGGGGCGGGUGAGGGGGUCCUGUGCAGCCCCCACACACGGAGGGACUGGAGCAGGGGGUGCCAGGAGGGACAGAGGGGUCUGGGCAGCCCCGUGCCCCGUGGUCUGCUCUCUGUCCCAGUAGGAAAUGUGAGCAGGGGCCAGCAGUGUGCCCUUGGGGUCAGGGCUCAUCCCGAGGUGCUCCUGCUGUGCCAGGGCCGCUGGCACUGGCGUUCCCAUCCCGAGGGAUCCCAUAGCUGCCAGUCUCCUCCUCGCAAGCCCGUGCUCCUCAGGGACUGUCCCGGGCUGCUCAGGAGUCAGUGGCCAAGGCCAUGAGCCCAGCCAGGGUCUCGGAGCUUUGCAGUGUUUGGAACCAUUACCAGCCCUUGGUGUGCGAGGGAUGGACCCUUCUGCCUCUCGGGCUGGUUUUGGGUCUGAGCAUCUCAGCCCAAGGUGAUGGGCUGACGUUUUUGUGCUCCUUUCCUUCUUGGGGAGGGUGGUUGUGGUGGGACUGUCCUGCUGAUGUGUCAGACUGGGGUGUGGGGAGCGCUGGGGUGAGGCUGCUCAGGACAAGGAGCUGCUGAAAGGGAGAGGAGCUUUAGGGCGCUUGCUGGGAGGGACUGGGCACAACAGCAGGCCCAGAGUUGGGACAGCUCUGUCACCCUGGAGCAGCCCUGCCGUGCUGAGGCUCCUCCAGCCUCCCCGCAGAGCACUGCACACUGUAACUGCCAUGGCAAUGCACUGCCAGCGUGCCCAGCCCCGUGUGCCACCGGCCUCACCUGGCAGCUGAGCUGUGCUGGCUGCAGCACCGGGGGUUCAGGCAGGGAAUGACCCAGGGCAGUGUCCCCUGUGGCCCCGGGCCUGAGCUUUUCUCCUCCCGUGGCUGCCAGGAGGAGGACAAUGCCCGAAGCCACAGGGGACGCUGCCCGGGGGCAGGUGAUGGAGGUCCUGUCACCCCCGAGCAGCACCGCCAGGGGAGAAGGGACACCUUUGCAGCGUCCCCGCACAGAGAAGGGACGCCUUUGCCACGUCCCUGUGUAGGAGCCAUCCCGGCAACGCCAUCAGGCCCCAGGGAUGGGGGACAGCUGUGCCCCCUCCGCUCUGCCCCAUCGCUUUCCGCCCCGGCCCCAAGUGCCCCGUCCAUCCCGCUCGACCCCGCUGGGCUCCACGCUGCUCCCUCCCAUCCGCAGCAGGAAUGUGCCGCGUCCCACGCCUGCCCGCCUCCCUUCCCCGGGCCCCGCUGCCCGGGAGGGCCGGGCUGUCCCCACCCCGCACAGUGCCAGCGGUGGCUCCCGCACCGCUUCCUGCCACAGCCGGGCUGUCCCCGGCCCCUGGCGGGGCUGAGCCGGCACCUCGGGGGCACGGAGGCCUCUGAGCGCUGCCCACGAGCAAUCUCGCAUCUGCCUUUCAUUUCUUCUCGUGCACUGCUGUCCUCGGAUCGCAGCUUGCCAAUGCACCCGUCUGUACAUAGCUGCGCCCAGCCGAGCUGACAAACGCGGAUCUGUUCACGCAGGAGGGGCUGCUCUGGCCGAGCUGACAAAUACAGAUCUGUACCCACACCAGGGGCUGCUCUGCCUCGUGCUGCGGCCUCGGCCGUGCGCCUUCCCCCGGGCUUCCCCCGCCGAGCGAGUGUGGGAUGUUUUUAUCGCUCUUUGUACAGUCGAACAAACAAAAGAACAACAAAACACCGA